AUGCCGCCGGCAUUGAGACCAGCAGCGCCAUCACGGAGCCUCCUUCGGUAUCUUCGUGCCCAGUCCGAAGGGCUUCCGUUUGCGCCAACAUGUCGCGCCGCUGUUGAACGACACCCGGCUCUCCAGCGUCGCCAUGUCUGUACCGCAGGCGGUUCGACCAAAUUAUCACCAAGACAGCCUUCCUCGACGACGACGAGAUCGCUGAGUACGAUAACACCGCCCAAGCGCACCGAAUUGCGCGCCGGUCUUGUCGACCUUGAUGCCGUUCUCCCCAAGUCGCUUCGCAAACAGCGCACCACAAAGCCCCUUCUCGCACUCCCGCCGCCGGCUGGCUCGUUGCGGUUCUCGUCAAACCAAUCCUCCGACUGUGACCCGUGCCCCAAGAGGCCAAGUCUUAAAGAGUGGCUGUUCGGCAAUGGCGAGAAGAAGGGGCCACCAAAUACCCGGCUGAACGAUGACGACAUAAGAGUCGCACUCGAAGAAGAGUCCGGUUCCAUCUUCCAGCGCAGGGCUCUGACGGCAAAGGCUGCAAUGGAUCCCAGACUGAGGUGUACAGAAGUGGAUGAGAACGGCAACGUUGUUAUGGUGGACGGUGAGCUCAAAAAGAGUGAGCUUAUCGCAAAGUACGGUCUUCUACCUCGCGAUCUUCGCAAGAUCGAUUCAUCCAACCUUCCGCAUAUCCUUAUUCGUCCCUCGGCGAUCCUUCUCAACCUGCUACACUUGAGGGUCCUGAUCAAGCAUGAUUGCGUCCUUCUGUUCGACGUCUACGGUUCCAAGAGUUCAUACCCCCAGUCGGCCUUCAUGUACGAUCUACAAGGCAAGCUGCAGCAGAAGCAGUCGUCCGGAGCCAACAGUCUGCCCUACGAAUUCCGCGCUCUUGAAGCCGUGCUCAUGUCGGUCACUUCGGAGUUGGAAGCCGACUUCGAAGCCGUUCGCGACCCUGUCAUCCGCAUUCUUAGCGAGCUCGAAGAUGAUAUUGACCGCGAGAAGUUGAGGGUGUUGCUUGUCCUGUCCAAGAGGGUCAGCACUUUCGAGCAGAAGGCCAAGCUCGUGCGUGAUGCCAUCGAGGAGCUGCUGGAAGCCGAUGAUGAUCUUGCGUCCAUGUACUUGACUGAGAAAACGCAUGAUCUCUACAGAGGCGAGGAUGACCACACUGAAAUCGAGCUCCUGUUGGAGUCUUACAACAAGAUCUGCGAUGAAGUUGUGGAGGAAGCGAGUAACCUCGUCUCGAGCAUCAGGAACACGGAGGAAAUUGUCCGUGCCAUUCUUGACGCUAACCGUAACUCGCUCAUGUUGCUCGAUCUCAAGUUCAGCGUGGGCACUCUCGGCCUCGCAAUGGGCACCUUCUUGGCGUCUUGGUACGGCAUGAACCUGGAGAAUUUCAUAGAGGAAACCAACUGGGGAUUUGCUAUGGUCACCUCGGUGUCGACGAUUGCCUCGCUCAUUGUCUGCUGGUACGGCCUCGUCAAGCUCCGCAAGGUGCAGCGUGUCAAGAUGGGCGACUUGCACAACCGCAACGCCCCCAACCACUGGUUCCGGGACGAGAGCACCGACGUCCUGCUUGAUCCCAGCAACCGGGAACGGUUGAGGAGAAUUAACUCGAUGAAGAGUGCGCAACACAAGAAAUCCAGCAAGAGGUGGUUUUAA